AUGACAGGAACCCAGGUUGAGAGCACACUCUCGCCUGUGGCCUGCUGUUUUCUGGCAGCGGAAGACAUAAAGAAGGGCAUGCAGACGCAGCUGCGGCCUGCUGGUUCCGACUCUCAGGGAUGCAGAGGAGAGAACACUUUCCUUGCUAAUCUCCGAAGCAUCCGGGCAGCUGGGGGCGGCAUGCUCAGUGCUCAUCGGCGGCGACAGUGCAUACUAUGUACACACUCAUUCGCACUCUUCGUGAGAGAUGCGACGGACUCGCAAGCUCUCGCAGCAUGCUGCCGUCUGCCAUUCGUUGCUAGUUCCACACUAAGCAAGCUAACGCUUGACAUCUCCCCUGCACCUACCAGCUUCUUCCUGGCUAAUGUAGGUGUCACAUAG